AUGUAUGUAAACAAAAAGAUCAGCAUAAACGCGAUCACGCCACUCGGGCAGCGAACGCAGUUUGUGCUGAUCCAGCAGAAAGGGUCACGUCCGCCACCGCUAGAAUCAGUGGAAACAACCAGUUCUGAAUCGAUCGUUACCACCUACAACGCACCUUUGUCGGACGGAAAUGAAUUCCUUGUACAACUUAAGGAUAAAUAUAAAGAAACAAUAGACAGCAAUGAGCGAUACAGGAUUUUAACCACACUUCCCAAAAGUUGGUCUACAUAUAGAAUUAUGAAGGAGUUCAAUGUUUCCCAACAUAUGGCCAACCAAGCAAAAGCACUGCAGCAACAGAAAGGAAUAAUGUCGGUGCCUGUAAAUAGGUUAAGCAGAGCUUCAUUAGGAGAACCAACGAUAAUGCUUGUUCGUGAUUUUUACAAUAGUGACGAUAUAAGUCGUGUUUGUCCGGGGAAAAGAGAUUAUUUAAUAUCUAAAAAUGAUGAAGGCGAAAUCUACGUACAAAGAAGAUUAGUUUUGUGUAACUUGCAGGAGGCGUACUCCAUCUUCAAAAAUACAUAUCCUGAUAUUAAAAUAGGAUUUUCCAUGUUCGCCAGUAACCGUCCGAAACACUGCAUUUUGGCAGGGACAAGUGGCACGCAUACCGUAUGCGUUUGUAUAUAUCAUCAGAACGUUAAACUUAUUUUUAAAACACUACAAAGCAGACAAUCACUCCCAGAUGGUGUUGAUUCCUAUCACGAUUUGUUUAAAAAAAUAAUUUGUCAAAAUCCAACGCUGUUCAAGCUCCUCCGGGCUAACCCUCAGCAGGGCCGUGAACAAGAAAGCUUUGAUAAGGCACCUUCACCGGUUCCUCCUCGUCGUGAUUGA